AUAGCACGUAGCUACUAAUCAUCAUUCCAUACUGCAACCUGUUUGAAAAUGUACCUCAAAAUAAUUACCACGUCCUUCUUGAUAACCUUCUUCAUGGUGUCUACUGAUGCCUCCUUCAUUCCCUUUGAUCCUUUCGACGCAAUUAAUAAUUUUUUGGGGGAAGGACAAGGAUAUGACGGAGGAAUACCAUAUCUGAAUAAUUUUAAUCCUUUCGAGAUUGCAAAUUACGUUUUGGGACAGAACGGGCGAGGGUAUAGAGGACAAGGACAAUAUCCAUCUAGACAAGGCUCUAUAAAUGUGCAACCUGUCAACAACGCGGAAUCAAAAUCCGAUUCUAAUCCUUAUACCAGGCAAAAAGCUGAGGCAAACCACUAGUAAAUAUAGUUACAAAAUUGUAUAUAUAAAAUAUUCACAUGUAAAAGUCAACAGCGUCCUAAAGUAAUUGACAUAAAGUAUGUGUCUAUAUUUUAUCUAUCUUUGCUAAAGUGUUAUCAUAAAACCAAUUCAGACAAUAAAGGAAUGAAAAGCAUCAA